CCCUCCUGCCAUUUGUUUUCACAAUAUCGUGAAGACUGUCACUGUUCCCUUGAAACUGUGGUCUCUACUACCUGAUUAGAGAACAUAACUUUUGUCAGUCGUAGAUAUACGUCAUUCUUUGAUUUUAAUUAUCGAACGCCUUUAAACAUUUGCCUAAUUGAAGACCAGAAAGAAAGUGGAUUGAAUCGUCUGCUGGAAAUUUGAUAAUCACGAAGUGGGACAAUCCAAAGUUGACAGUUUUGACGUUUAACUUAUAGAUCGCACCAUGCUUGGAAUAGAACAGUUUGUGUCUCGGACUCAAAAGUUGCUGGAGAAGGAACGUGCAGCUGAAAUUGAUGAAACCCGAGUGCGAACUGCACAGUUUUCUCCAAAGCAGUUGCAACAACAAGGUAUUUGCCUUCUGAAAUUGGAGAUCAGCGAGUCUUGUACGGGUUUAUAUGGUCGGACUGUACUUACACUUAAGACUUCGGGUCCUGUUGUGAACGGUGAGUUGCCAGCACACAAAUUUUCUCCUGGUGACAUUGCUGGAAUAAGUCUCACAAAUAGUAGCUUGCAGGAUGACUUACUUGCUACAGGAAUUGUAUCACGGGUGUCAUUAACGAGUAUUCAAGUCGCACUGGAGAAAUCAGACGAAAGCGUUUCACUGGACAGUAAUACUAACGAACUAUACCGACUAAUUAAGCUAGCGAAUGAAAUUACAUACAAACGGCUGAAAAGGGCAUUGAGUGACCUUAAUCACUAUUCAUCUGGCCCUGUGCAGAGGCUGAUAAACGUUUUGUUUGGUCUGUCAGAGUUGACUCCUCCAUUGCUUCCCACACCGAUACGGUGGAUCAGUUCUAACUUAGAUACAUCCCAGCAAGAAGCAGUUCAUUUUGCGUUAUCACAGCCAGAAGUUGCCGUCAUCCAUGGUCCACCAGGCACAGGAAAGACCACAACUGUUGUGGAGAUCAUCUUGCAGGCCGUUCAUCAAGGUUUGAAAGUGUUAGCCUUGGCACCAUCCAAUGUGGCAGUAGAUAACCUGGUGGAGCGACUGUCUGUGCACCACAAGCGUGUUGUACGCAUUGGACAUCCAGCACGGGUUCUUCCUCACAUCCAGAAUUUUUGCCUCGAUGCAUUGAUUUCAUUUAGUGAACAGACCAAACUUUUAGUGGAUGUACGUCGUGACAUUGAAAAAACUUUGAAAAAGCUGAAAGGAUCAUCAGGUAAAGAAAGGGCUGUGAUCAAGGAUGAAAUCAAAGAGCUCCGUCGUGAAGUACGUCAGCGGGAAGAAGCAGCGACUUCUGAAGUUCUCUUACAUUCAGAUGUUAUCCUUGCUACUCUGACUUCUGCUGGCCCUGACUCCCCUCUGAAGCUACUCCGAGACUCUAAAUUCCAGCUGGUAGUGAUUGAUGAGUGUUCACAGGCUUUAGAAGCUGCUUGCUGGAUUGGCUUGUUGAAUGGUUCUCGAUGUGUUCUGGCUGGUGAUAUCCACCAGUUGCCACCCACUAUUCUUUCACAAGAUGCAGCCAAGGAAGGUUUAGGGUUAACGUUAAUGGAACGUGUGAUUCAAAUGUAUGGAGAUAAAGUAGUGCGUAUGCUGACUACACAGUACCGCAUGCACAAAGACAUAAUGCUCUGGCCUUCACAACAACUGUACAAAGGCCGACUUCAGGCCCAUGACUCAGUUGCUGGUCACUUGCUGAAGGAUCUGCCAGGUGUUGAGGACUGCCCUGAGACAACUACACCUCUGUUGCUAGUAGACAGUGCUGGGUGUGACCUAAUGGAACUUGAUGUUCCUGCUGAAAGCUCCAAAGGCAAUGAUGGUGAGGCUGAUGUUGUAGCAGCUCAUGUUCAGCGACUCAUUAAGGCCGGUGUAUCUCCAGGGGACAUUGCUGUUAUAUCCCCUUACAAUCUCCAGGUGGACUUGAUACGCCAAAAACUUUGUGUGGAAUUUCCAAAACUUGAAGUUAAAACUGUUGAUGGCUUUCAAGGCCGUGAAAAAGAAGCUAUUGUCAUCUCCUUUGUCAGGAGCAAUGAGAAAAAAGAAGUUGGCUUCUUGGCAGAGAACAGGAGAAUCAAUGUGGCCAUUACUCGUGCUCGGAGGCAUCUAGCAGUAGUUUGUGACACAGACACUGUGAGUGCAGAUCCUUUCCUUAAGUCCCUUGUGGACUAUAUCACAGAAGCUGGAGAAGUGUGGUCUGCAGAAGAGUACUUGCAGGGAAUCCAAGCAAGCAGCAAAUCUCAAGUGCACAGCUCAAUUCGUGUGGCAUUUGAAGCUACUCCAAAAGAAGGUAAGCAGAGCAAAGCAAAGGAGGGAACGAUAGGCAAAGUGUUUGACGAACAGAAGAAGCCAGUCAGGCAGAAAACUGGUGAUCCCAAAACAGCCAAUAUACUUACAAAAAGUGGUACUACAGAUAGAACAAAAGAAGAAAAGGCUAAAGAAUUUGAAAAAGUGCUGUUAGAUCUUUUAGCAGAUCCUUUGAAAUCCUCGAUGACCUUCUCAAGCUCUCUGACGUCAUAUGACCGCAUGAUUAUUCAUGAAGUUUCUGAGAGACUGGGACUUGUGCAUGUGAGCAGUGGAGAAGGCAAAGAGCGGUUUGUAGUUGUGUCAAAAUCAAAUGUUGCACAGACUGAACUGGAGAUAAGUGAUCCAGUUAGCAAUCCUCAGCAAGGAGAACUUUUUGAAAAAACCGCCAUAGUGCAAAAGCCCUUAAACAGAGAAAUUGUCUCAGUUGAAAAGGAUAAGGUAAAUAACAAUAGUGCAAAAGUAACUGAAAAAUCUGCUAAAGUCACCCAACAAUGCUCAUCUGAUUUGUCACGUAAAGAGAAGAAAAAGGACAGCAAGCCUAAAGUAAAGGUGCCUUCACAGGUUCGGGAAACAUCAAAAGCGCUGUGUAGAAUUGAUAAUGAUGAUUUUGAUGCACUUCUUGCUGCUGCAACAGCAGUGGACUGGAAGUGCAAUUUUAAAAAGUGUAAAACCAAAACUGGCACGUUGGGUGGCAACUGCUCCUUCUGUGGCUGCAGAUUCUGCUUGGAGCACAUGCUACCAGAACUGCAUGGUUGCGGGGAAGCAGCUCGGGUGCAUGCACGACAGAAUUUGCGGCAUGAAGCCAACCUCUGCCACGGUGGAAGGCCACUGUCUAGACAUGGGCCUGCAGAACGUAGCGCACAACUGCAACGCAAACUGAACAAGAAGUUGGAUGAGCUGUCUCAGCAUCGGAAACGCACCACGAAGAAAGAUGACACUAGUUAGCUGUUUUGAGUUGCUUACUAGAGUAUACACAUUGAUGUUUAUGUUAUUUCGUCCAUUGUUUAAACAGUAUGACCUUAUUCUUUGUGGCAUGCACCUAGAUCAUAAGAAAUUUCACAUUUGUAAUACCAUCUUCUUGAGCCUGGUACUUUUGACUUGUUUUCUCACAUUUGUUUUGUUAACUUUUGCUUGCAAACAGGUAUACAACUGCAUUAAAAAAAAAACUAGUAUUGUUGCCUUCUUAUAAGUCUAUUGUCCAUCUUGAUAAUAGGUCAAGAUUGUGAGUACAAAAAACUUAAUAUUAACAUGAACCAAUUUAAUCAGAAAAUACUCCAUUUCACUUUGUUAAUUUUAGCAUCUAAUUUAACUAUUAUGUUAACACUUGUUGCUAUUGUAUCUUUCAAAUAGAGUUAUAUUUGGAUCAGUUAAAAAUUAAUCAUUUCAUUGCUUUUCCAUAUAGCAGUUGUGCCCAACCUUUUCUCACCCGAGGGCCAAACUGGACAUGAUAUAAAAUCUCACAGGCCAGGACAUGGCGAUUUUGCCAGAAUUAUUCUUCCUGUUCACCCCCAAUGGAGCAUAGGGCGCACCCAGAAUCGCGGCACUUAUAAUUAUGUUGUCUCUGUUUAAAAUAGAGUGGGUCAGAUGAGGUACCUAUGUGGGACAGGUUGGGCACCCCUGCCAUAUAGCAUAUUGAAAAACUUAUGAAUGAGUGAACUUGUGCACACUGGAAGUUGGUUUUGCAAGGUUCAUCAACUCGAUACUGAUGGACAAAUACUGGUGUCGAGUUUGUGACAAAUAUCUGGACUUGCAAUUGAAGGGAAAAUACAACUGCAUAGAAUCUCGUGAAGAGUAAGGUCAAUUCAAGUCUGGUCUAUUUUCGGGUCCGAUAAAGGAUGUGUUUAUGAAGAGAAAUUACACAGGAUUCUUUUACUUGCUUCAACAGUCUCAUCCUCUGAUGACAAACUUGAUACCAGUGUGAGCUGAUGUAAUAUUAUGGUUGGACAUUGUUCACAGCCAUACUGUUAGUGGUUAUAUCACUAAUCCAACUAACGACACAUGACACCACCUGUAUUCAAAUCCUAACAAUGACUGAUAUUUCAUCUCCCUUGCAGACGUCACACAGCCUGUUACUAUACCUAUUUAACAUGUGGAAGAAACUAAAAUUUUGCAAUGCAUUAAAAAUUUAUAUUAAUUGGUAGCGCAAAGAAUUUAAUGAUUGGAAAGUAGCUAAGUUUUAAAAAGGCCAACAGUCAAGCACAAAACAAAACCCAUUGCAAUCAUUUUUCUGCAAGAGCUCUUGAUUCUCACAACCAAUUUCACAGGACUCUGCAAUCACUUGAACCUGGUCUUUUAACCCAUGCAAGUUUUUAAUUUAUCUUGAAAUAACCAUAUACCCAAGUGUAAGCAUAGAAACCAUGCAUCUGCACUAAAUGACAAACACAAGCUGCUCACUGGACAACCAAUUUAUUUUUUUUCUCCACAGGCAAUAGCAAAUAUUGCAAUGUUUAUUCAUCAUCAUUACUAGUCUCCAGUGUUUUAAGGAAAGCCUCCUUUUUCUGCUUGAUGCGAGCCUUCCUCUGAGCAAGAGACAAGCCAG